UAUGCUUUCUGAACAGCACCCAAGAUCUAAUGUGCAGGGUAGGGUUUGGAUGACUGAUUUAGUGGCUGCUCUCCAUUUUUUUUUUUUACCCCUUUGGUGCAUGCACCAGUGGCUCAGAAGGGUCUGGGCCCCAAGAAGGUUUUACAGUUUUACAUAUUUUUUAAAUUAAUUGGAUCACUCGACAUGACAGGCUUCAACGUCUGAGGCCUUACAAGAGGUCCGGGUCUUGGCAGGAACGCUACUUUCUCAUUGGGACGCUAAUAGAAGAGACAGUUCUCACUUUCCAUUGGAAAACUACUUCUGAUUACCUCUUAAGAUUAGGAUUUCACCAUAUCACGGCAGAUAUGGAAGCACGGACCUCUACCACCACCACCACUGUCCUUGAGAGCAAAGGAGGUGAGUCGAGUGCUCCAGCUACACGAGUGUCCAAACGCACCAUGAUGGAUGAUCUGUACACCACCUUCAGCUCCCCCGUGGCCUGGGUACUGGUCCUGGCCCUCAUCAUUACCUGGUCUGCAGUUGCCAUCAUUGUUUUUGACCUUGUGGACACUAAGAGCCUGGAAGCCCAUACAUUAUACUGUGAUGACCCCUGUUUGCCACCUGGACCUCAGGCGGCGCGUGCCAGGAAAGCCUUCAAGGAGGCAGGCGGCCUUAGAGGAGGUAUUCAGCACAUGAGCAGAGAACCUAUGAAGGCAGUGCAUGGAGCCAUGGAUGAAUCCAACAGCUGGAUGAAUGCGAUCUUGACCUUUAUGACUAAUUUGGUAACACCGGAGGAGGAGGAAGAAGAAGUGGAAUGGCAAGCAGUGAAGAAGAAAGGAGAAUUCCUACCAGCAAGAAAAAAAGUUGCAGCGCUGCAGGCAAAAGAAAUCAUUCAGAAGGAGGAAGACGAGAAGAAGCUGAAGGAAGAGGAAGAGGAGGAUGAAGAACAGGAGGAGGAAGACGAGGAACCUUCUGCAGUGAAGGAGACAGGGGAGAAAAGAGAAAAGGAUGAAGAUGAAGAAGAGGAGGAGGAGGAGGUAGAGGAGGAGAAAGAUGAAGAGGAUGAGGAAGACGAGGAGGCUGAUGCAAAGGCUGACAGAGUUGAGGAUGAGCAUCAAGUCAAGGCAGAAAAAGAGAAAGAAGAGAAAAAAGCAAAGCCUACCAAAAAGCCUGAGGUAGACCCAAAAGAAAAGAAGAAGAAAAAUGAAGAAAAAGAGGUAGAUGAGGAUGAGGAAGAAAAGCUAAAGCCUGAAGCAGGUGUAGAAAGGAAGGAAAAGAAAGAAAAGGAGAAAGCGGAGAAGGAGAAGAAAGAAAAGGAGAAAGGGGAGAAGGAAAAGAAAGAAAAGGUGAAAGGGGGGAAGGAAAAGAAAGAAAAGGAGAAAGAGGAGAAGGAAAAGAAAGAAAAAGAGGCAGAGGAGGGGGAGGAAAAGCCUGAAAUAGAUGCAGUGAAAAAGGAAAAGAAAGAAAAGGUGAAAGGGGACAAAGAAAAGAAAGAAAAGGAGAAGGAGAAGAAAGAAAAAGAGGCACAGGAGGAGAAGGAAGAGGAAAAGCUUGAUGUAGUUGCAGUGAAGGAGGAAAAGAAAGAAAAGGAGAAAGAGGAGAAGGAGAAGAAAGAAAAAGAGGUAGACAAGGAGGUAAAGGAGGAGGAGGAAAAGCCUGAUAUAGUUGCAGUGAAGAAGAAAAAGAAAGAGGGAGCCGACAAAACAAAAGAGGAUAAAACGGCUGCUUUUAAGGAAGAUGCUGAAGAACAGAGAGCAGCAGCAGACCAAACAGACACAGCAACAGAAAUAGAUGCUGAUGAAGAUGUUGGAGAGGAGGAUAAGGAUGCUGACAAGAUCUCUGAAUUUGAAGAAGAGAAAAAAGCAGCAACAGAGCCUGUUGAUGUGGCAACAAAACAAGAAGCAGCAGAACCUGCUGAUGAAGAUGAAGAAGAAAAAGAGGCAGACAAGGAAGAGGAAGUCAUCACUGAUGAUGUUGCUACCUCUGAAGAAAGUAAAGAUGAUAGUGAUGAUGAUGAAGAAGAAGAAGCACUAACAGUUCCAACAGCUGACAAAAAAGAUGAUGGAGAUGAAAAACCUGCUAAAGUCAUUGAUGACAAAAUAGCUCAUGAAAAAGAUGAGAAACAUGAGGAAGAUCUCAAAGACACAGCUAAAGUGGACACUGCAGAAGAGAGCGAUGACGACCAAAAAGACAAAGAUGACCAAAUUGAAGAGAAGGUGGAGGAAGAUGCUCUGAAGGCUGAGCAGGAAACCAGAGAUGAUACAACACUCAUUGCUUCUGCAACACUACAAACUGACACCAAAAAACUAGAGGACGAGGCAGUGAAGGAGGCUGAAGUGGAAAAAAAGGAGGAUGUAAAAGCUGACGAUGAGGAAACAUCAAAACCAGUGACUAAAGAUAAACAAAAAGAAUCCACAACCUGUGUGUGUAUGCAGCCGUCACAACCCAUAGUGCCUCAAAUACAAGAUAAGCCCGAGGAGGAAAAAGAGGAAGUAAAAAAGGAGCCAGAACAAAAAAACGAUCAAGCUGUGAAGCAGAUGGUGGAUUCUGAGUUACCGCAAAAAAAAGAAGGUGUUGACGUCGUGGUCCCACUGCAGGAACUCCCAGCAUGUCGCCCAACACCGGUGUACUGCCCAGCUCCGCCCGGCUGGUACGUGCAUCACAUAGUCACAGAUAGUCCAUUACCACCGACGCCUGUGCGAGAGGCUCAAUUUGCUGCAAUAGCAACUCAUGCAGUCACGCUUCAAAGACAAGAUGCUGACCAAGAGAAACCGAAGCAAGCAACAAUAAAGAAAGAGUCUCCUGUUAAGAAGAGAAAAGUAAUGCCUACGAAGAAAGCUACUGUCUCAAAAAUAUUGAAAACAAAGGCACCUGAGGACAAAGUAAAAAUUCAGAAAAGGAAAGGUCGUGUGACUCCCAGAGAGAAGCUCAGACUGAUCCCCCAUAGGCGAGAAGUACCAAAGCUGACCAAACCCAUCAGAUCAGCCGGACCUGUAAAAAGGAAGGCCAAAGUUGUGGAGAAAGGAAAAGAAGAGAGGAAAGGAGUCAAGGAUGGGAAGCCUACAGUUGACGAAAAAAACAAAAGCAAGCCAACGAAAGUAAAACGAGCCGCACUUCCAGCAAAAGUGGCUAGAAUCAUGGCUGUAAAAGGUAAAAAAGACAGAAGAGCUGCCAAACCAGGUCACAAGGAGAUAAAAUCUACCAUCAAAUCAGCUCCAGAAGAAACAGAAGUUACCAACAAACCUGCUCCAGAAGAGAAAGGAACUGAUUCAGAAGAAAAAACAGCUGGUCCACCCGCACCAACAAAAGAAUCCAAAGUUGAAGAAAAUAUUACAGAAGGGAAGAAGCCAGGCAAGAUCCCAUACUUCCAGUGUGUGCUAGUGGGUGGAAAAGCCAGCCAAUAUCCAUUACGUCCAUUAUCUCCUGCUACGACUCCUGCUAUUAACCCGGCCAUGAUGAGAGCCAUGAUGGAGCAGAGAGCCAGCGUGCUAGAGCAGAAAGCCCGGCCAGCAGGGCAGUAACUCAGAAAAGCAGAAUUUUGUGAAAUUCUAAGUUGAUGCUGAUGCUCUCACACUGCUGCUAGUCUCUUUAUCAAACUCUGAUGUAAGACUAAACACCUGAGAGACUUUUUUUUUCUUCUUUUAAUUCUUGUCUUAUGGGUUUUAUAGCCAAUAAACUAUUCCUUUAUAAAUGGCCAUAACAGUUAAUCCAUGGACAUCGGUAAAGAAAUGAUUAAUGACAAAGCCGGUGCAGUGUUUACAUGACAGUAUAGUACACGAAAACACUCAUGCACUUAGAAUUACACGACAUGUCAUAUACAUAUUUCAUAUAAUGUUUAACGGUAAUAUUUUUCAGUAACAUUCAGGGCUGAGUUUCCAGAAAGCAUCACAACUAAAUGGUAGAGCGAGCAUCACGACGAAUUCUCGUUUAAUCGACCAGUUAAAAUGAUCUUAAAUUUACAAUGCUUUUGGGAAACUGCCUCCAGAUCUGUUUACAUUUGAAGAAACCUCGUUUGAAGAGUCGACAUCAGACUCUAUUAGAGAGGAUUACAUUUAGACUUGAAAAUGUACAACUCAACUAUAUGCUCUAUGAAUAUUUAUUUACUUAUUUACCUAGGCAUUUACAGUAAUGCAUUAGAGAGGCAUAAUAAAUGUGUUAUUGCUUUGCCUGAUAUCCCCAUAUCUGUAUAAAGUGGAGAUUUUAUCUCUUGCCACAGGCCGUUUCCUUUAUGUCACUGUAAUAUGAUCAGGUAAAGAGUUCCUGUAACAUUUAUCACAUUUCACAAUAUUACCGGAGAUAAUAUUUAUGAAAAUAAAUAUAGGCCAGACGAAAUCCUGAGUAAAAUCAGUUGGGUUUUAGCCUGGUUAAAGGUCUUCAGUAGUUCUUCAGAUAUUCUUCAGUUAUUCAUCUUAAUACAUAUUGCGCAAUAACUACAGUAAAUUAAUCAGUAAAGUACUGUAAAUUAAACUAUGUUCAAAGUAAUAACAAAACUGCGUAGUAACAAGAGUGAAGAUUAUUAAGUCCGAUUGAGUCUAAAGAACAUGUAGAGGAUAUACAGAAUGUGCCUGUGUUAAACAUUUAUUUUGUAUUUUAAUUGUUGAUAAUUUGGUAACGCUUCCUACGUAAAGCCAUUUAUGUGUUACAUAGCAUCCGUGACAUUCGUUAUGGAUGUAUACUUAGGAGAUGAUGUAGUCUGACUGCUCUUCUUCUCUGCAAUCACGUGGGAUCGUCACGUGGUAACGCGGUGCAGUAAUGUGAGCAUUUUCAAAACGUGGAAAGUCUCUGUAUUCGCAGUAUCUUAAAGCAUUUACAGUGUAAUACUAUCCGCAUUUUGAAAAUACCUGUGCUACUUUAGCAUGUUAGCGUGCGACGUGACUCGGAAGCCCAUUUUUGUUUGUGGACAAGAAAAGACGUUUCAUGAGUCUAAUCACAUGUUGUUAAAAACACAAACCUUACGUAUGAAGUGGUCAAUAUGUAAAGAAAAAGACACAAAAUUAUUUAUUAAAUAUCAAUCAUAUUCAAAUAGCAUAUCGGUAUAGGUUAGUUUGACUAAAAUGUAUAUCAAACAGAGCAUUAAUAUGCAUUUAAUAAUGGCGUCAUAUGAGCAAUUAUACCUGUGCCUGACUGUGUUAGGAACUAUAAAGUAUUCCAGAUGUCAUAUAACACAUUAUUAAUGCAUUGAUAAUCACUAUGACUACACGAUCAAAAAGGAACUCUAACAUAUUUAAUAAUAAACUAGAAUACAUCAUAUAAAAGAAGAUGUGUAGGAAGAAGUCGUCUUACAAUAUGCCUUCUAUACAACAUCACUUUAAAUAAGAAAACAUGUAGUAGAAGGUGUUUUGACUUAUUAUGACCAAUAGAUUAUAGACAAUUUAAAUACAGUGGUAUGAUGUUAGCACAUUGUUUCCAUCAGCACUGUCACACCUGGAACAUCGUCCACCAUGUGUGAGAUUUUUUUUUUUUUUUUUUUUAAAAGAAAGAAAAAUCCAGGAGUGGCUUUAAACUUGAUUAUUCUUUUAUUGUCUUAUUUAAGAAUUGACUUCCUGUCUAUAUAUAGAAGGGGUCAAUGAACUCAAAAUAUCAGCUUGCAUGUUGAAGGAAUUUUCAUUAUCACGUGGAUGGAACAAAAUGCUGUAAUCAUGUGCACGUUGUAUGACUUCAUAUGGAUACAGCAGCACUAAUAUCGGACGUAAAUGUAAACGAAGGUUUGGAUAAUAACUGAGCCAGUGUGCUGUAACAGCAUGACUGAGAGGAGGAAAGUAGGCCACAGGAAUAAUCUCACUGCUGUGUGCUGUUUUCUCCUCCUGAGCUCUCAGGAUGAUGGCUGAGCUUUAGGAAUUCCAGCCAUGUUUCUCUGAUUGAACGGAGAUAUCAGUGAAAAGCUUUGGUUUUUAGGCAAAUGAUUUAAGUUCUGAGGACAUAUAAUUUUUUUUUGUCUGAAUGUACAAUAAUUGUAAUUUUGUGUUUAUGCUGUUAUAUAGUGAGCAGUGCUAUCAUUAAUUGACUUGGGGAUACUCAGGAUUUCAUUUAGCAGGGAUAGCAUUCAAUAUUUGCUGCUUUAGUAUUUGUUUUAAUUUUUUUUUCUUUGCUAGAUAAUUAUUUUGCUGUAGAUAUAUCUCGUCAAAGGCACAUUAUGGAUUGAUGCUGAACCUGAACAAUUUUGUUGCCCUGAUGCCUUUUCUUCUUGAUGUAAACCAUUAAUAUAUUCAGGGGAACUCUGAUUAGAUUAAAUUGUUUCAGAAAUGGCCAGAUUAUCCAGUCAAGGUUGGUCUAUUGUAAUGUAAUGUAAUACAGAAAGAACGACUUAAUAGGAUUAAGGAUUUCAAAUGUGUCACUAAUUUUGGUAAAUCAUUGUAAAGAGAGAUGUGAGGUGUGUUUCAAUAAAAUGUAUAAAAAUGGACAAAUAUCGUUGGUAAAUUACUGAUACUGUUUACAUGACUUGGUUUUCAAGUUUCAGAACAUACAAUUUAAUAAUAUAGUAUUGUAAUAAAUAUAUACACUACAUAUUCAGUAUCAGCUUGCACAACAGUCUCUAGAGUUUACACAGAAUGGUGCGAAAAACAAAAAAGAGCGUAAUUGUGCACAGUAAGUGGACAGAAACAGAAGCACCUUAUUGAUGAGAGAGGCCAGACUGGUUUGAAAAUGACCUGAAUGUUUGAUAUGAACUUUUCCUGAAGCUCUUGACCUGUAUCUGUGUGAUUUCAUGUAUUAGUCUGCUGCAAUAUGAUUGGCUGAUUAUGUAACUGCAUAAAUGAUCAGGUGUAUAGGUAUUCCUAAUUAACUGUUAGGUGUGUAUAUUAAAUAUUAAGUAUA